CAGACAUCCGUGUUACCAGCCUUGUCGUGGCCCUUCAGGGAUAAUUUGAACUUUCGCCUAAAAGACUGAGGAGUAGUGACUGCAAAAGGUCAAGAAUAUACCAUCAUGGGCAUGAGUAGCUUGAAAUUACUGAAAUAUGUACUGUUUUUCUUCAAUUUGCUUUUUUGGUUCUGUGGCUGCUGCAUUUUGAGCUUUGGGAUUUACUUUCUGGUCCACAACAGCUUUGGAGUGCUCUUCCAUAAACUUCCUUUCCUCACGUUGGGCAAUGUGCUCAUCAUUGUGGGCUCCAUUAUUAUGGUGGUUGCCUUCCUUGGCUGCAUGGGCUCCAUCAAAGAGAACAAGUGCCUGCUUAUGUCGUUCUUUGUCCUGCUGUUGAUUAUCCUCCUUGCUGAGGUGACCUUAGCUAUCCUGCUCUUCCUGUAUGAACAGAAGCUGAACAGAUAUGUGGCUGAGGGCCUGGCUGACAGUAUGAACCGUUACCAGUCGGACAAUAGCACCAGGGCAGCGUGGGAUUCCAUACAGUCAUAUCUGCAAUGUUGUGGUAUAAAUGGCACAAAUGAUUGGCCCAAAGGUCCACCAUCGUCUUGCCCCUCAGAUCCACAAGUAAAGGGUUGCUAUAUGAAAGCAGAACUGUGGUUUCACUCCAAUUUUCUGUAUAUUGGAAUUAUCACUAUCUGUGUGUGUGUGAUUCAGGUGUUAGGAAUGUCUUUUGCACUGACCCUAAACUGCCAGAUUGAUAAAACCAGUCAGGCCUUAGGACUAUGAUCUACUACUAUGCUGUGCUGGAGAGACCUGCUUCAUCUCUGAAAAUCCAAAAUCAUCUACGACAUUAAGUCCAAAAUGACUACUUCCUGGGUUGGAGUCUUUAUUUCCCUCUCUGUCUUCCCACUUCGGCCAUUAUCUCUUACAACCUGCCAAGAGGGUCAUUUCUCACCUCAAGCAGCAAGACAAUUAUUCACUCACUCAAAAAGGCAGCCACAUUCCUCAAGAUACAGACACUAAUACGUGGGCAUUUUCAGACAUGAGAAACCAAAAAAAAAAAAAAAAAAAAAAACCUGUACUAAAAAGAGCUCAAGAUCAAAGGGUGUGCUCAGAACUUGAAGUUUUGCAUCUCUUAUUGUCAAACAGGUCUCUUGUCUUUAAAUUCCAUCCAGUUUAUUUUCCAAGUCAAGCAAGAGAAAAGCAGAAGUGAUCUCUGAGUUCACAUUCUUCUGUUUUCUUUUGACUGAAAACACUUAUGGUAUGCAUAAGGUUUUGUCUGCAAAGAAUAAUGUGUGAUUUAAAUUUGUUUUUAAAAGGCCUUAAUGGUUAAUUCUACUACAUUUUCCAGAAGAAACUACCCAGGGAUUUCUAUCCUAUCUUCAGCCAAUAUUCUUAGACUUUUAUUUACAUAACUAUGGAAGAACCCAAGAUAUACUAUCUCUGGUGGUUUUGGUAAUAAACACAUUUAAA